CAUGUCUUCAUCAUCAUCAAGUCUAAAUGAUUCCCAGUCAUUUUUACUAGACGUGUAUCCUAUUCGCCAUAAAUCCCCCAGCGUGGACACUCUGCGGGGACAUCUCAAACUGGAAAGAACGUUCACUGCCAAAACA